AAAUAGACACUUGUUCUUCUCUCUUCUUUCUUCUAUCUUCUCUCUUUCCCUUUUCCUUUAUAUCAUUCAUUCAUAAAGUAAAGCUAACACAUAAAGCCAUCCCACAAACGAAACAAAAACAUUCUUUCUUGCACUAAGUAUAGAGCAGGUGCAGUCUUGUAGACAAACAAGGUAUUCAUUCACUCAUGGAAGGGAUAGGUCCUAAUUCAUGUCCAAGGCAAGGGUUAGAGAAGAAAGCAAGGCCACAAGAGCAAAUAAAUUGUCCAAGGUGCAAUUCAACCAACACAAAAUUUUGUUAUUACAACAACUACAGUCUCACACAACCAAGAUACUUUUGCAAGACAUGUAGAAGGUAUUGGACUGAAGGAGGAUCUCUAAGAAAUGUUCCUGUUGGAGGUGGUUCAAGGAAGAACAAGAAAGUUCCUUCUUCUUCAUCAUUAGCCACACCUAAUAAUAAUCACUCACCAAAAAUUCCUGACCUAAAUCCACCAACCCUUCAAGUCUCACAUCUUUCAUCUCAAAACCCUAAAAUGCAUGGAGGCCAAGAUCUUAACCUAGCUUUUUCAUCUAUGGAAAACUAUCAUCAUCAUCAUCCUCAUCAUCAUAAUCCUCAUGGUAUGUCAUCAUCAUAUAUUGAGAUGCAUAACAAUAAUGAGUCAUCAUCUUCUUCAGCUCUUGACCUACUUAGGUCUAGCAUGGCAUCUAGAGGCAUAAACCCUUAUGCUAAUAAUAAUAAUAUUUCUUUGAUGCCAAACUCAAAUGCUAUUUACCCUUCUGGAUUUCCCAUGCAAGAAGUUAAACCUAGUCUUGGAUUUUCAAUUGAUGGAAUGAAUGGAAAUAGAUCAUAUGACCAUCAUGUUCAAGUUCAAGAAGGUGGCGGCGGCGAUGGUGGUGGUGGAAGACUUUUGUUCCCUUUUGGAGAGGUUAAUAAACAGAUUCCUACAAGUGGUGUUGAAGUGGAACAUAAUAAAGAUCAACAAGGAAAUUCAACUGGAUAUUGGAAUGGAAUGAUUGGUGAAGGAUCAUGGUAAUUAUGAAGAGAAGAUGAAGAAGUUGAAGGCCAAGAAAAGUGAGAUCAUAAACAUCAUGCAUUAUCUUUAUUUCUCUAUUUUUUUCUCCUUUAAGGAUAUCAUUUGUCUUGAGUUGUUCAAAACUAACAAUAGAAUCAAUGAGCAUGCACUACUCAAAAAAUCGAAUUAGCGACGAAAAAUUAAAGACAAGAAAAUAUAGAAUCUGUCUCUAAUUUUAUCUUAAAUAUUAUUUAAGACGCUAAAAUUAGAGAUCGAUUUAUAUAUUUUUUGUCUCUAAUAUUUCGACCUAAAAUUUAUUUUCUUUAGUAGUGAUUAUUUUACUUUGUUUUGUAUACAAUUAAUGCCUUUGGUAUUAAUUUGAGUAAUGUGAGGAUUGUUUUCAUAUAUGUAGAGGGAUAGAAGAAUAGGUGAAUAUUGGACCUUGUUUAUGUCCAUGGCAUGCAUGCAACCUGUAUUCAUGAAUUCUUCUUUAAGAAGUAGAUUGGUUUGAUUUGUAA